AUGCCCUUUCUUGUUUCAAAGGAGAAACGUGGUUUUAUUCAUGGUAGGCACAUUCAUGAUUGUAUCAGGUUGGCGUCGGAGGCGGUCAAGCUGCUUGAUUCAAAAGAUUGGUGUGGUAACAUUGCGCUUAAAGUUGACAUUGCGAAGGCUUUCGAUACUCUUCGGUGGGACUUUUUCUUGAAAGUCCUGCAUAAUUUUGGCUCCACUGAUAAGUUUUGUGUUUGGAUACACAAUCUUCUCCAAUCGGCUCAUAUGUCUGUUAAUGUCAAUGGUGAUCUUCAUGGCUAUUUCACCUAUUAUGCUAAGGAGUCUGGUGAGCUGGAUAAUUACGGUAAGUCCUUCAUUUAUGGAGGCGGCAUGUCCUCCUUUAGGUUAAACAUUCUGACCAAGUUCGCUGGUUUGAGGAAAGGAUAUGCUCCUUUUAUUUAUCUCGGUGUCCCGAUCUUUAAAGGCAAGCCAAAGACGAUUGACUUGCGUGCUAUUGCGGAUAAGGGGAUGCUUGUCCAUUGCAUGGUUCUUUACGAUUGGAUGAUCUCUCUCAUCCGAGAUAUUGUGAGGGUAGUGAAGCGAUUCAUUUGGAGUGGUGAAACAACAAAGAACAAAGUGAUCACAGUUUCUUGGAAAGAUUUAUGUUCUCCUAUCCCGGAAGGGGGGCUCGGUAUUCGAUCGCUCAUCAAGGUUAAUGAAACAUUCAACCUUAAGCUCGCUUGGGAUUUUCUUACCUCUACUGAACCUUGGGCAGUUUUAUUAAGAGAAAGAGUUUUAAGAAAAGGUAGUUAUAUUAAACAUCAUAUAUCUUUUUCCCUCUGGUCCAGCCUUAAGCAUGAUUUAGCUACUAUUGUGGACAAUUCCUCUUGGAAUCUUGGUAAUGUUGAGGCUAUUAGUCUUUGGUUUGAUAGAUGGUGCGGUGAGCCGUUACAUCUUGAAGUGGUGGAUCCUUCGUGUUUAGUGGACCAAACUAUUAGCAGUAUUAUCUCUAAUGGCAGGUGGGAUUUUGACAAAGCAAUUUCUCCCAUUUUGUUGGCCCUCUGUACGCGGAUUCUUGCUUGUCGUAUCCUUAUUACUCCUCGGUCUGAUUAUAGAAUUUGGACUUGCUUUCAACAUGGUAUCCUCACUUCUAAAAUCAGUUUUGAUUUUAAGAGAUCAGUUGGUUCCUGCAAGGAGUGGGCUCAAUGGAUUUGGUCCAAAUUGAUACUGCCGUUUAAGUCUUGUUUGUUUGGAAGCUCAUUCACAAUAAAGUGGCAACAUAUGAUCAAUGGAAGAGAAGGUCUUUCUCCUUUGUGUCGCGUUGUGGUUUGUGUAAGAAUGCGGAAGAGUCUUCCUCUCAAAUUUUUUCAACUGAUUUUCGGAACCGGCCAAUGCAAGACUGUCGCGGUGGCAUCUUUUAUUAUGGUUCUUAAUGCUAUUUGGUUGGCUAGGAAUAUGCUUAGAUUUCAUAAUGUUACCUUUCUGGUAUCCAAGACCAUUUCUGCUAUUAUGGAGUUAGUGGCUUUGGUAGGUGGUUGUUCCUCUGUUGGUAAUCCUUUAAAUAUGAAGGAUUUUGAAAUUCUGAAGAGUUUCAAAGUCAAUAUUCGGCCUCCCAAAGUCCCCAAUAAUAUUGAAGUUAUUUGGAAGUCUCCGCUUAGAGAUUGGGUUAAAAUCAAUUGUGAUGGUGCUUUUACUUCCUUCUCCAAUUCUUCCUGUGUCGGUAUUGCUAGGAACCAUGACGGUAACUUUUUGGGUGCUUUUGCCUCUUCUUUAGAGAUUGCUAAUUCUCUCAUGGCCGAACUUACGAGUGCGAUGAUGGCAAUUGAGCUCGCUUAUGAGAAGAAUUGGAGCAAUCUUUGGCUGGAAACAGACUCGACGACGAUAAUAAAAGCUUUUAAUAUGCCUUUCUUAGUGCCUUGCACUAUUAGAAAUAGAUGGCUCGAUUCUAUAAAUACAGUGUCUAAUUGGAAUUUUGUUGUCUCUCAUGUUGUUCGGGAAGGUAAUAGUUGUGCAGACAUAUUUGAUAACAUAGGUCUUAAUCUCAAUGGUUCUACUUUCUAUUCUUUUGUCCACAAUUGUUUAAGGGAUGAUUUUGUUAGGAAUAUGCAUGAAAUGCAUUUCUUUAGGUUUGUUGGCUCUUGA